GUAUGUCUGUGACGCUUCUGCAGGGAGGAGUCUGAUCCGCGCCUCGUGGGUCGGAAGCCGAAGGGCUUCCCGGCCGGCCCGGGUACGGAGUGGGCUCUGCCGUCCUGCAGCGCCUAGUGGGUCGGAAGCUGAACGGCUUCCCCGGUACGGAGUGGGCUCUGCCCCCUUGCAGCAGAAAACGGAGAGGGUGGCACAGGUCAUGUGCAUUGGAGACCACCUACUGGUAAUAAUGAGUUACAGGGAGGAAAUUAUGAGCCAGAUAGUUCCAGGACAAUUUGAUGAUGCAGAGUCUUCAGACAGUGAAUGCACACAAGCUAUCAAAGUGAUUGCAAAGGAGAUAAUUCAAGUGCAGGAGGAACCAGGUUUAGGCUUGGAAGCAGACACUGAUGAAUUUGAUGAUAGCUGCGAAGAUGAUGAAGAUGAUUGGGACUGGGAUGAUGCAAUGGAAAAAGUCACAAAGCGAAAUCCCGUGUCUGGAGGAAGAAACCCACAGGCGAAUAGACAGACUCCCAACUGCAAUUCAGCAAAACUCUCCACCCCCACUGAUAAAGCCAUAAGAAAAUUUGAACAUAAAAUUAAUCUAGAUAAGCUACAUUUUGCUGACUCCGUUAUAAAUAAAGUUACAGAGAACUCUAGGCAAAGAGAAGCAUAUAUGUACCGGGUGAAAGAUAAAUCGGACAGAGCAACUGUAGAACAAGUUUUGGACCCAAGAACUCGAAUGAUUCUGUUCAAGAUGCUAACCAGAGGUGUCAUCUCAGAGAUCAAUGGCUGUAUCAGCACAGGGAAAGAGGCGAAUGUAUAUCAUGCCAGCACAGCAAAUGGAGAGAACAGAGCGAUAAAAAUUUAUAAGACUUCUAUUCUGAUGUUUAAAGACCGGGAUAAGUACGUGAGUGGGGAAUUCAGGUUUCGCCAUGGAUACUGUAAAGGAAACCCAAGAAAAAUGGUGAAGACCUGGGCAGAAAAAGAAAUGAGGAAUUUAACAAGGUUACGUGUAGCACAAAUUCCAUGCCCGGAACCCAUCAUGCUCAGAAGCCAUGUUCUUGUUAUGGGAUUUAUUGGCAAAAAUGAUGUGCCUGCUCCUUUAUUGAAAAAUGCCCAGCUAUCAGAUUCAAAGGCUCGGGAGUUGUAUCUGCAAGUCAUCCACUACAUGAGAAGAAUGUACCAGGAUGCCAGGCUUGUUCAUGCAGAUCUCAGUGAAUUUAAUAUUCUGUAUCACAGUGGGGAGGUGUGUAUCAUAGAUGUGUCCCAGGCUGUGGAACACGACCAUCCACAUGCUUUAGAAUUCCUGAGGAAAGACUGUGCCAACAUCAAUGAUUUUUUCCGGAAGUACGAUGUUGCAGUGAUGACAGUGAGAGAGCUCUUUGAGUUUGUCACAGAUCCAUCUAUUACAAGUGAGAACAUGGAUGCUUAUCUAGAAAAGGCAAUGGAAAUAGCAUCUGAGAGAACAGAGGAAGAAAGGUCCAAUCAAGAUAACGUAGAUGAAGAGGUGUUUAAGAGAGCCUAUAUUCCAAGAACCCUGACUGAAGUUAAAAACUAUGAGAGAGAUGUGGACAUAAUGAUGAAGCUGAAGGAAGAAGAUACAGCCUUAAAUGUGCAGCAAGAUAAUAUUCUCUACCAGACUGUGACGGGGUUAAAGAAGGAUUUAUCAGGUGUUCAGAAGGUGCCUGCUCUCCUUGAUAAUAAAGAGGAGACAGAAUCGGAUUCCGAUGAGGAAGGCAAUUCUGACAACUCUGAAUUUGGCUGUAGAGAACAGGAGGAAUCUGUGCAUCCUAAAGAUCGACCUGCAGAGACUGGCGUGGAUAAAAAGGAAAGAAAGAAGAUGACCAAAGAAGCUCAGAGAGAGAAGAGAAAAAACAAGAUCCCAAAGCAUGUGAAGAAGCGAAAAGAGAAGACUGCAAAAACGAAAAAGGGCAAAUAAAUCAUGGUUGCCAUUUUAAAGCAGCAUUAACCAUUCACAACUUUAAUGACUCACUAUAUUGGUAGCAAAAUACUUUUACACCAUUCUCCUCGGUGAAUGUCAAAGAACAUAGCUAACUUCAGUACAGUACUCUUGUGUCCUCAUACAUAGUCGAUAGAACUACAUUCAUCAAAAUGUUUUCUUGUGGAUUUUUUUUUAAAUUGAGAUUUCUAAGACAGUUGGCCAGUCCAGGGGAAUUCAUACAGAAUAUAUUCUACAAUUAAGUGGUUGUAUGAAUGUUGUAAUGGGUGUGCAAAGGCCUUUAUUUUUUAUGUUGAAACGCUAUACUGAAUUAUUUACACAGAUAUAUGUAAAUAAUAUGUAUGGUGAUGUGCAUAUUUAUUCUCAUGAUUUAAAUAGUCAACUACAUGGAAAUGCUGCAGGUUGCCUGCACAUAUUUUCACAGGGGAAGGCCUUGCUUUUCUUAUUUACAUCUUUGUACCCUGAUUAAAGUAUUUCCUCAGAGGCCUCUCCUUAUCCUUCACUGCUCACAGCACUGAUGGGAUGCCAGAAAGUUCGGGGGUGGGGGGGCAACAAGCUUACAAAUAGGAUCCUCCUCACUCUCAGCUCUGCCUGGAUUCGUGCUCGCCUGGAGGCUGGAACGGACUGUGGAGAAGGGCAACAGUGCCCCUUGCAUUAUUAGCUCAUUACUGCUGUUGGUCAACCAGGGAAGGACUCAGAAGGUGAUCCAGUCUGCUAGUGUCAGAUUCAACCUCUUGCUGCUUGAUGGGAGAAGAACAGUAGUCCUAUUGCCUGGACAACUAACAGCAUACUUUCUUCUCUCUUUCCCCAAUAGAGGUGUGUGUAUACAAUGACGCUUUUGUGAGUAAGAAAAAUCUUCUGAGAUAAUUCUAUUUUUGCCCCUUCUGCAUCUUCAUUGCCAACGUACUUGCUCCAAUGUUAAAACUCAGUAUUUCCAUUUUCUAGAUUUAAAAAAGGUUCUUGCAGCCUGAGGACAUUGUACGUCAGAGCAAUAAUCCCCAUUUGGAUCCAUUUGUGCAAGUGCAACAUUUUGGUUUUUUAAAAGGCAGAAAUUACUUUGGAAACCAAACAUUGUUUUCUGUUUUCAGGCACACUUCUGCAAAUUAGGUCUAUUCAAAUUGUAUUAAGCUAUGUUCGGUCUAAACAAAUGCAAAGCAAAAUGUAACUAUAUCGGAUAUUCAUCUGGCUCAGCUGUUCAGAAUAAUAUUUUAUAUCCUUUACUGAUGGUGCCCUUCUGUUUUAAAAUAAAAUUGAACACAUUCUGAA